GUUCCAGCCGCCUUCCUUGUUCGAAACUAUUUAAUUUAAUACGCAGAAUCAGCAAAACGCCAAUAUACGAUUAACUGAAAGCUAGGGUUCUACUGUUCCUAAUUUUGCUCCAGAAAGUAGGGAUCUUUUUCUCGAUUUUAUUUUAUUUUAUUUUUUCCUUGUUUUUGAGGUUUUAGCUGCUAAUUGAUUGACUCUGUUGAUUUCAAUUGUAUCCACACGUGUUAGAUACGUUAUUCGGUAAUCCCGUUUUGAUUAUGGACUUUCCCCUGAGAAUCUGCAUCUGGAAAUUUGGAGUCCAUGGAAGAAAAUUUUGUGUGGAAUAGAAACCCCUUUUAGCUUCUGGGGUAAAUGGGUAAUGUAAUCUUUUUCUUUCUAUUUCUCUCAUCAGUGAAGUAAGCAUAUAGGCAGGGAUCUUAAUUGACCUACUAAAAUCAUGUUUUACCAUAAAAAGGUUGUAAUGAAUUGAGGGUAAUAUCAUAAAUGGUGGUUUGACCUCAUGGACAAGAUGGAUUGGGAUCAUCAAACUUGUAUUAAUGUACCCUUUCUAAUCUGUUAUUUCUCCUGGUUUAUUAACUAAUUCCACUUGAUAGUAAACUUCAACUAACAUGUUAAUUCAAGUUUUUCUGCAACUCCUAAACAGUGAAAAUAUCAUCUUUCUUCAACUCAAUAAGAUUUGAUUUCAUGUGUCAUUAUUUUAAUUCAAAUGCGCCCAUAUUUCUGCAGAUUGAGGUUUACAUAUCAAAGAGAGUGCAAAAGCACGCUUGGCUUCUUGAGUGUAUGGCAGCAAUGGGAGCUCCAUCACCUGGGGAUCUGAGAUGUUCAACUAGUGUGCAUGUGUUGGAAGAGCCUCCAUCCACUACUCGCAAGUGGUACUUUAGCUGUCAAGAAAUUGAGGAAUGUUCCCCGUCCAGGAAGGAUGGCAUCAACCUGGAGAAAGAGGCCCAUUUGCGGAAGUCAUACUGCUCAUUUCUUCAAACACUUGGGGUGAAGCUAAAUAUGUAAGUGUAUGAUAGUAUUUAUUGUGUGUUUUUUAUUUAUGUGAUAAGAAUAAGACAGUAGUUUUUCCAUUUUUUCACUUUUGAAGUUUAUUUCACGGUGCAUCUUUCAAAUUAUUAUUUCAGGUAGUCUUAUAGUAUUUUUCAAAACUCAAUUCUCUUAGUGGUUGUUGUGUUCCAGGGGAUAAAUAAUACGAACAUGGCCAUAGAAUAAAUAAGAUAUUACAAGUUUACAAACCUCCUCAGUGGCACCAACAGUGAAAGACUUUUAAGAGAGGUUUUAUGAAAAUCAUUUGAAGUUGUGAUGCUCUUUGAUUAUUCCUUGUUGCAGUCAAAUCAUGCAUUGGGGCAUACAAAUCUAUUUGCUUAUGUUUUUAUCCAUGCUUCACAUUAACCUCUCAUUGGAGUUUUUGGGAGUAUUAUACCACUUGAUGAGAGGGUAAAUGAUUAUCUCCGAUUUACAGGCCUCAAGUGGCAAUAGCAUGUGCAAUGAUGUUGUGCCACCGUUUUUUUAUGCGUCAAUCUCAUGCGAAGAAUGAUUGGCAGACAAUUGCAACUGUGGGCAUUUUUCUUGCUGGCAAGGUAGAGGAAACACCACGCCUGCUGCAGGAUGUUGUUACUGUGGCUUAUGAGAUGAUUUAUCAUUGGGACCCUUCUGCUCCACGAAAAAUCAGACAAAGGGAGGUUUAUGUUAAGCAGAAAGAAUUGAUUGUAGUUGGGGAGAGACUUCUAUUGGCAACAAUUGCAUAUGAUCUCAAUAUCGAACUCCCAUAUAAGCCACUUGUUGCAGCAUUAAAGAGAUUAAAGAUUCAUCCAGACCUUCCAAAAAUAGCUUGGAAUUUCAUAAAUGAUUGGUAAGAAUUAUCCUUUCUAAUCAAGAUU